AUGCUCACUGAAACCUCAAAUUUUAUUAUCCCGCAAAACAUCACUCAGGAUACUCUGCAGGCUACCCGUCAACAAAGCAUCGUUCAGGAUAUGCUUGAAGACACUACGCAGCAUUCUUGUCCAGAAAUGUCAGCUAUUGCAGAUUGGAUAAAAAAUCUAGAACUGGCUCAGCACAACGACCCUCAGGAGAAUCGUGGUCAGCCUCCCACACAAGCUGCCCUUUCACAGAACAACCCUCAGCAUCAAAAGAUUGGUUGGCUUUCGCGCAUAAAACCAGCGCGCCGGCACCUUCCAACCGGAGAACCAAUCAACCUGACCGCCAACUACUUCACACCAACAGUCAAGAUUCAUGAACUCCAUCAGGGCGAGCAAUUUCCCCCUCCGCUGCCGGGCAGGCUGUUUACUGUCGAAGGACCAUCCCACCGAAGCAUCAGAAUUCAAAGAUACAUCGAUUCUGUGGUGGCUGGACAUGUCAAUAAUUUCAAAACCACAGACACAGACACAGUCUUUCUUCUAGAUUGCUACUACUCCCAUGUAGCAACGCAUAACUGCAACCACACGCAUCGCACUCUCGAAAUUCUCUCCGCAAGCGACGAUGCCACUCCAGUGGCCUUUGCACCACCACAAAACACCCUGACUGCAAAGUUUUGGGGCGAGAUUGCCCGAAGGAAGCAAGACGGUUAUAAAUAUGUGGUACUGUCGGACGUAAUGGCGAGCAUUCGAGAGAAUAGCCCGGUUGUCAACCCAACGCAUCAUGUCAAGUUGGGAGUAUCUGGAGCAACAACAACAGUUUGGUACGAGGCAUAA